CCGUUUGACCCACCAAGAUGUUUCCUUUGUGUGGUCCGAGGAGUGUAAGUCGAGCUUUCGAAAGCUUAAGGAUUUGCUUAUCACCGCUCCUGUUCUGACUCUACCUAUUGAGAGAGAGAUCUUUUCGGUAUAUUGUGACACUUCUGGUGUAGGUCUUGGGUAUGUACUGAUGCAGCGUGGCCAAGUUAUUGCUUAUGAUUCCAGACAAUUGAGAGUGCACGAGCGCAACUACCCCACCCAUGACUUGGAACUAGUAACGGUUAUUUUCGCGCUUAAGAUGUGGAGGCACUGCUUAUAUGGAGUCCAUUGCAAGAUAUAUACAAAUUACCAUAGCUUACAGUACAUUAUGAUUCAACAAGAUCUUAAUUCUAGACAGCGGCGUUGGAUUGAGCUACUGGCCGAUUAUGACAUCUCUAUUCUUUACCACCUGGGCAAGGCGAAUGUAGUAGCGGAUUCCUUGAGCUGGAAGACAGGGAGUAUGGGUAGUUUAGCUUACUUGUCUGCUGCGAAGCGACCCCUAGCCUUGGACAUCCAGUAUUUGGCUAAUCGGAUGGUCAGGUUGGACAUCUCAGAUUCCGAACUGAUUUUGGCUUUUAUGGGAGCUCAAUCAUCUCUAUUGGACCAGAUUCAUGGCCGACAGUUUGAGGAUGGAUCAUUGGUAAAGCUUCGAGAAUUAGUAUUGCGAGGCGAGGGUGGCCAAGCUUCUAUAGAUUCGGAUGUCAUACUACGGUUCGAUGGUCACCUUUGUGUUCCUAGAGUUGGAGACUUCAUUCAGUUGAUCCUUCACGAGGCCCACAAUUCCAAAUAUUCUAUCCAUCUGGGCACCGUGAAGAUGUAUCGAGAUUUGAGACAACAUUACUGUGGAGUGGUAUGAAGAGAGAUAUAGCUGAGUAUGUAUUCCAUUGUUUAAGUUUCCAGUAGGUUAAGGCGGAGCAUCAGAGACCUGGUAGAGUUUUUCAGAGAUUACCCAUUCCCGAGUGGAAAUAGGAAGGAAUUACCAUGGACUUCGUGAUGGGAUUUCCUCGAUCAUCCAGAGGUAAUGAUGGUAUUUGGGUCAUCAUUGAUCGAUUGACCAAGUCAGCACAUUUCUUGCCAGUAUGGUCCACUUUUACUGCAGAUCAUCUAGCUCGAAUCUAUAUUCAGAAGGUGGUCCAUACGGAGUACCGAUAUUCAUUAUAUCAGAUAAGGGAUCUCAAUUUACUUCCAGUUUCUGGAGGGCCUUUCAUAGAGAGUUGGGCACCUGGGUUGAUCUUAGUACGGUAUUUCAUCCACAAACCGACGGUCAGUCAGAGUGUACUAUUUAGGUUCUGGAGGAUAUGUUGCAAGCUUGUGUAUUAUAGUUCAAGGGUCAUUGGGAGCAGUACUUAGCUUUGGCAGAGUUUGCAUACAACAAUAGCUACCAUUCUAGUAUUCAGAUGGCCCCGUUUGAAGCCUUAUAUGGUAGGCGUUGUCGUACUCUGGUUGGUUGGUUUGAGUCUUUAGAACCUGGGCCACACAGUACCAAUUUACUUCGGGAUGCCAUAGGAAGAGUUCGGGUUAUUCAAGAGAGGUUGAGAAUAGCUCAGAAUAGACACUAGAGUUAUGCUGAUCGCAGGCGUCGGCCCUUACGCUUUGAGGUGGGAGAUCGGGUAUUCUUACAGGUAUCGCCCUUGAAGGGCGUGAUGAGAUUCGGUAGGCGGGGUAAGCUUAGCCCUAGAUAUAUUGGGCCGUUUGAGAUUCUAAGGAGAGUUGGAGAGGUUGCUUAUGAGUUGGCUUUGCCAUUAGUAUUUUCAACUAUACACCCUGUUUUUCAUGUUUUUAUGCUGCGCUGGUACAUUCCAAAUGAGUCUCACGUGCUUCAGUAUGACUCUAUUGAGUUGGAUGAUCGCCUGACUUUUGUUGAGGAGCCAAUUGCUAUUCUUGCUAGAGAUGUUUGCCAGCUUCAUUGUAAGUCCAUCCCUGUAAUUGAGGUCCAGUGGCGCCAUCGUCCGAUCGAGGAGGCUACAUAGGAGACCGAGCAGGAGAUGCGGGAGCAGUUCCCCAGCUUAUUUGACCCUCCAGGACCGAGUACCAGCUAUCGCCGUGGAUAAAUCGAGCCCGUUGCAGUCAACUUUGGAGACUAGGGUGAGUACUUGGCAUUUUUGGAUCAAUCCUGUCUUCUUCAACAUGGAUGGCCCGUCUUUUGCCUUUUGAGACUAGCCAGUUGUUAUACAUAUUUUCGGUCCACUUUCGGGACUUGUACCCAAAUUUUAUUUUUUAGCAGCUCUGUACUUGUGGCUUCCAGGUUCUGGGAGGGAUCUUUAGUUGUUUAAAAUAUGUUUUGGUUUACUUCUGCUUA